AUGUUCGUAUUCUUACUUAAGAUUUUUUCUCUUCUUUUAAUGAUAAACACAGGAGAGAGUUUGCCUUUUGGCGACAACUUGCCAUUUUGUCCUACACAAUUUCGUUGGCGCGAUCGACUUAACUUGCUGGUCGAAAUUUUCAAAGCAGCAGGAGCAGAAUUCAGUGAUGAAUUAUACCGCUGCGACUUGGAGUUUAAAGCUCGCGACUGUUUUCGUUCUUAUGGUUGUCCAAAAGGCAAUAAUAUAACAAUACUAAUUAGCGGAAGUUCUAACACGAAGUAUUGGGAUUAUUGGGGAGCCUAUUAUUUUUUCCAAGAGGUUGCGAAAUCGUGGUCACGCGAACUUAACGAGACGCCUGCCAAGUCAUUAGACGUGAAGAUGAUCGUUUCAAUAGAAUACGAGAAAAGCAUGGAUCUUCGCCCCAGAGACAGUGGUCAUCAUUGGUCACUCUGCAAUGUUCCCGACAAAAAGUAUGUUGCACGUGAAAGAUUCAUGGACACAAGAGACGAAUUGAACAAAUUGUGCGGAGAGUGCGAAAAGUUACUAUUAUUUCCAGGAGGUCGUGAAAUUGUGGUCACGAGAACUGAAAGAGCAAUCCCCAUGUUCGUAUUCGUAAUUGAGUUGUCUUCCCUUUUUGUGAUGGUGAGCGCAGCAAGAAGUUAUUCGAGGUAUCCUUCAGCCCAGAAGUUGCCCCAUUGUGAUGAAACAAAGAAUGAAAUGACCUGGAACCAUCGACUUGAUUUGCUAGUGGACAUUUACGAUGCAGCAGGACAGCAAUUCAGUGACAGAUUAUACAGCUGCCCUUUAGAGGUUGAAGCUCGUGACUGUUUUAAAAAUACCAAACCGUGUCCGAACGGUGACAACAUAAAGUUAUUAGUUCACGGAAGUUCGUACACAAGCUACUGGAAUUUUUGGGGACUCUACUGGUUUUUUGACGAGGCAACGAAAUUGUGGUCACAUACACUUAAAAGGAUGAACGUGAGCGAAGACCACAUCGGUUGUUUCUACGAAGCAGGCAGCAAAGAGUAUAGAGUCGUUUGUAUUUUUGACAAAAGUAGUCGUUAUUGA